GUGCCAAGCCGGAACACGCAGGCGCUCUCGGGCACAGCCGCCCCCGUGAUAGCCUGGGACCGGUAGGGAAGAUGCCCUUGGCGGUUUGCUUCGCUCUGUAGAGGAGCGAUGGGGAGGCGUUGGGCCUGGCCUGAGGUAGGAGGGCACCCAGCCGUCGCCACUAGUGCCUGAGCCGUGAUGCUUGCGUGGGCCCUACUCUACGCGGUGCUCUGGUCUCUCGCAGGAGGUGGGGCUUGGCCCGCAGGCUCCUCCCCCGUCCCUCCUUCUUCGCCUCCGCCCCGCCCCGCCCUGAACCGUGUGUCCUCCAAACACUAAUAAUAAGCCAGAGGUGUUCUCUCCUCCGCAGUUGGAUCGCAACGUUCUUCCUUAUUCAAUAUCAAAGGCUUUGUUUACGGCACGGUAGGGCACCCAGUAAAAAUAUAUGUAAAGUUACAUCAGGCUAGUCCUGUCCUUAUUUGUAUGGAUAUUGAUCGUGCCAAUAAAGAAACAGUGGACCCCACCUAUUUAUGGACUGGGCCAAAUGAAAACACAUUAAAAGGGAAUAGCCAGAUAAAUAUAACAAACACAGGAGAACUGGUACUGAAGGAUUUCCUGGAGCCGUUAUCUGGACUUUACUCAUGUAUGCUUUCCUAUAAGACUAUCAAAGCAGAAACCCAAGAAGAAACUAUGAUAAAGAAGAAAUAUGACUUUCUGGUCUUUGCAUAUCGGGAACCUGAUUAUUCUUACCACAUGGCCGUGCGUUUUACCACAGGAUCUUGUGUAGGAAGACACAAUGACCUGCUCUUUAGAGUGCUGAAGAAAAUCUUGGAUAACUUAAUCUCUGAUUUAUUGUGCCAUGUCAUAGAGCCAUCAUACAAAUGCCAUUUUGUUAAACUUCCAGAGAGGGACUUCCUGUAUGAGCUGUUCAUAGCCUUUCAAGUGAAUCCUUUCGCACCGGGCUGGAGAAGUUUGUGCAACCGCUCUGCUGACUGUGAAGACAUCACGAAUCACAACGUCCUCAAGGCGAGAGAUCGGAUGGAAGAAUUUUUUCGGAAACAAGCACACAUUCUACACCAUCACUUCAACAGAACGGUCCCAGCUAUGCACUUUGUGGACCACAGUUUUCAAGUAACACGGAUAGACAAUUGUCGACCAGGCUUUGGGAAAAACGAAGGUCUGCACAGCAAUUGUGCUACCUGUUGCGUGGUCUGUAGUCCUGGAACGUUCAGUCCCGAUGUGGAUGUCACCUGUCAGAUCUGUGUUUCUGUCCAUAUCUAUGGAGCUAAAGCUUGCCCAUAAACUCCAAGAGCAGAGGUGGAAGCAUGGCUGUUUGCCCUUGAAGGUGGGGGCCAAGAUCUGCUGGCAUCAGAGAGCAUCGUAGGUACCUCGGGAAAGUAAGAUCAGUAAGGGCAAAGCUUUGGAAGUCCGCACUCUAGAAACAACAGCAGAAAGUAGCUGACAUGGACCAGAGAAGUUGCUUCUGAGAAGGCAUUUAUCUCUGUGCCUCCGGUGUACGAGAGGAAGUUCAAGUGCUACUGGAUGCUUUAAAUGAAUACGUUCUGUUUUCUACAAACUGAAACAUGCUUUGUACCUGAUAUUAAGGUCAAAAAGAGUAGCAAAGUAUAAUAUAAUAAAACAUUGUCUAUUUUCCAAAUAUUAA